CCUCGACUCUUCGAUAUAGAACGUGAUAAACGCAACGAGGACAGCCGUAAUUACGAUCGUCGAACUGGUGCUGCCCUAGUUCCGUACUUCUGUGACAGCUGGAUCUACUCCAGCUCGCUCGCAAAUUCCGAAUCUCCACGACCUCCGCUCACAUCCGCAAUCAUGUCGCGCCCCGAAGACACACUCCCCCCAGAUCUCUUCUACAAUGACUCCGAAUCCCGCAAAUACACCACUUCCUCUCGAAUCCAGCACAUCCAGUCCCAGAUGACCCACCGCGCACUCUCCCUUCUCUCUCUCCGCAGCCCUAGUCUUAUCCUCGACAUCGGCUGCGGCUCCGGCCUCAGCGGCGAGAUCCUAUCUACCUUUUCCCCCGAGACGAAUCCAGGCGGACCACACACAUGGAUUGGCCUGGACAUAUCCUCCUCGAUGCUCGCUGUUGCGCUGGAGAAAGAAGUGGAAGGGGAUCUGUUCCUCGCAGAUGCGGGGCAGGGCGUUCCAUUUCGCCCCGGAACAUUUGAUGCUGCGAUAAGUAUCUCGGCGGUGCAGUGGCUGUGCAAUGCGGAGUCGACUGAGGAGUCACCCGCUGGGCGGCUGUCACGAUUCUUCAACGGACUAUAUGCUAGCUUGCGGAGAGGUGGGAGGGCAGUGUGCCAAUUCUACCCCAAGAACGACGAGCAGAAGAAGAUGGUGUCGAGUGCUGCAGUGAGAGCUGGGUUUGGAGCCGGUCUGCUGGAAGAUGACCCGGGGACGAAGAGCGCGAAGACGUAUCUAGUGCUGACAGUCGGAGGCGGCGAGCUAGACGGGGAUAUCACAGGCGUAGUGAGAGGUAUGGAGGGGGUUGACGUGAUGGAUAACCGGAGAAGGACCAAGGGUAGGAAGCGGGGCGAGGAGACCAAGGGUAGUAAGGGAUGGAUCAUGAGGAAGAAAGAACAGAUGGAGAGGAAGGGCAAAGUGGUGAAAGCGAAUUCGAAGUACACCGGGCGGAAGAGGAGAAUUGCUUUCUAAGGCGGCCUCGACGACAUCAUGAUACGAGAGCGCGAUUCAUAUAGCAUACUCCACAGGUGUUCCAGGCGUCAGGCGUUUUCUAGGAGGGUGAAACAGCGGCAAGCAAGUCAAUCAUGAGUAUUCGAACCCAAAAAUAAGUUCAUAAUUCCAGCUCGCGGCAUGCUCCAGAGGGGCUUCAAUCGACGGCCCUCAUGCCCAACACAUUGCCACCACACUAUCAUAUUUUAAAGGUGGCCAGUCUCAGAUAGCUCAAGCGUUUCACGAAGUAUACCUCGAUAUAACGUGUCCAGAAAUUACUUCCUCA